UUCCCCGAACUUGCAUGUGUGGCUUUAAAUUUGCACAUCGCAGGGGUUGGAAAGGACCUUGAGGGAUCAUUGAGUCCAACCCCCUGCAAAGCAGCUCCCCCGACAGGCCGCACAGGUCAGCAUCCAGUCAGGUCUUCGUGUCUCCACAGCCCACUAGUUCAGAGCCCUGCAGAGCACGUGGAAGGGCUGUGUUGUUGGCAGGGGUGGCUCUGGCACCCUGGCUGUUUUUGUGCUUAUGUUGAUUGUGAAUGUUGUUUUUCUUUCCCCUUCCAACAGCGCCUGACGAAACACACCAAAUUUGUGCGAGACAUGAUCAGGGAGGUCUGCGGCUUCGCGCCCUACGAACGACGUGCUAUGGAACUGCUGAAAGUCUCCAAAGAUAAACGUGCUCUGAAGUUCAUCAAGAAACGGGUUGGCACUCACAUUCGGGCCAAGCGAAAGCGGGAAGAACUCAGCAAUGUCCUGGCAGCCAUGAGGAAAGCUGCUGCAAAGAAGGAUUGAGUUGUACAGCCUGGAGCUCAAUAAAGCCCUUUCUGAUAAAAGAA